AUGCAGAGAAAUGUUCAUGUUCCUUUAUUUAUCGCAACAUUUGAAAUCUUUUCAUCUUUUGAAAUUUUUGUUCCUUUUGACUUUUCUUUCUUUCUUUCUUUCUUUCUUUCUUUCUUCCUUCCUUCCUUUCUUUCUUUCUUUCUUUCUUCAACUCUUUUUCUUUCCUUCUACAUUCCCCUUUUCUUUGCGUUUCUGUAUAUUCAUUACUUUUUUCUUCCCACUUUUAUUUCCUCUUUCUUUUAUUUCUCUCUCUUUUUAAGUCGUGGUUGUUUUCCUUUUCCAUUCCUGCUUUUCAUCUUUCUUUUUUUCUUUCUUUCUUUCUUUCUUAAUUCGUGUUCCACUUUCUUCAACUUUAUUUUACCUCUGUAUUUUUUCUAUCGUUCUUUAUUCUUGACGUCUCUCUGUUUAUCUUUUACAUUCGGUUUUCCCUUUUCGCUUCUUUCUUUCUUUCUUUCUUUCUUACUUUGCCUUUUUUCUUUCCACUCCUGCAGAGUGGACAGCCAGAUAAUUCGGCCAUUGCAAGCAAAAGUCUUGCGUGUAAACGUCAUCAUUAUUUCUGUCUUUUCUUUUUAUGCGUGUCGUUCUUGGCGAAAUUGUUCGAUCGAUCUAUCUAUCUAUCUAUCUAUCUAUCUAUCUAUCUAUCUAUCUAUCUCAGUCUGUUCAUAUUUAUUUAUCUCUGUAUGUUCAUAUUUAUCUCAGUCUGUUCAUAUCUAUCUAUGUAUGUAUCUAUCUAUACCAGUCUGUUCAUUAUCUAUCUAUCUGCAUAUCUAUCUAUUUUAG